CCAGCCCUUGAGUUCAUCUAAAAACAGCACAGAAAUCACACCUUCAUUGCCGAAGAGCAUCUUAGCUAAGAACUACAACCAUGAUCCAUUCAAGAAAGCUCGCUCAGUUGGCCAGGAAGCUGCAGCACAGGAUGGCGGCAGCCGGCACCACCGACGGGUGCAGCAGCAGCAGCAGCAUGGCGUCGACGUCGUGUCUCGCCGGCAAGGGCCACUGCGCGGUGUACACCGCCGACGGGGCGCGGUUCGAGGUGCCAUUGCCGUACCUCGGCACGGCAGUCUUGGGCGAGCUCCUGACCAUGUCCCGGGAGGAGUUCGGCUUCGCCGGCGGCGACGAUGGCAGGAUCACGCUGCCGUGCGACGCGUCGGUGAUGGAGUACGCCAUGUGUCUGCUCAGGAGAGACGCCUCUGAAGAUGUCGAGAGGGCGUUCUUGAGCUCCAUAGCUAGGCCUUCUUGCUACAAUGCUGGCUCUCAGCAAUCACUUGCUGUUUGUAUGUGAUUUUGUUCAAUCAGAUGUUGUAUGAUUAGUUCUAGGAAACAUUGAUUGAAGAAAAACGCAGAAAUCUUUCAUGGCAUAUACUUGUUCUCAGUGAGCUCUGAAGAAAGCAGAAAGAAUUCAUAG